AUGGUGGGGAAUGUCCCUAGAGUAAGAGCAAAGUGUUUAAGAAAGGGGAAGUGGCACUCAGUGCAUGCUUGUCUCUCUGAGCGCACAGCUAAGAUGAUUAUGGUCACUUGCCUGCUCCUCUCCUGCGUCUGGACCACUGCUCCAGCCUCUGUGCAGGUGACAAACAGAAAGGUCCAGUCAGUCCAGGCGGGAGGAAAUGUUACUUUUUCAUGCCGGUCAGUCACGAAAGAAGAUGUGAUACAGGUGACAUGGCAGAAGGAGAUGGAUGGGGCUGAAGACAACAUAGCAACUUACAGUACGAUGAAUGGCCAAAAAAUAGCCAAGGCCUAUGUAAGCCACAUGAGUUUUGCCCACAGCGAGUUACAAGCCUCAGCCAUCUCCCUUCAUGGAGUCACCCUCCAAGAUGAAGGAUGCUACAAAUGCAUCUUCAACACAUUUCCCUCGGGGGCUGUCACUGGCAGGAUGUGUCUCAAUGUUUAUGCCAUCUCGGACCCCAGAGUGGAAACUAAGCUUAUAUCCACUCCAGACAAAGCUGAGGACUCUGAGAAAAUGGUGGGGAUGAGCUGCUCAGCAACAGGGAAACCAGCUCCAAAAAUAACCUGGCACCUCCCCAGCAUCCUGCAGCAGAAACCAAGGGAGUAUCGCAUAAAGUUCAGCAACCAGACCGUGACUGUCAUCAGUAAUUUUACCCACACCCACUCCAAAAUCCUUCAGGAGUACCCCAUCACCUGCAUGAUCCAACACCCUUCUCUAAAUGUGACCCUGGUCCUUCCCACAGACAGCCUGGAGCAGGGUCCAGACAGCAGCAUGGCACUGGCCAUUGCCAUUGCACUGGGGGUCCUAGUCCCCCUGACCUCCCUUCUCCUUCUCACCUGCCUCUUCUACCGCUGCCUCAGGCACCUACAUGACCCAGAGAGAAACCCAACCUGGCCCUGCUGGGUAGGUCUGCCUUUCCUCAGGGUGCUGCCAAAUUCACCCCCACAGGUCUUGGAGUUCAAUACCAUGACCUGGCUCUGCCCAGCCACACCAGGGCUGCCUGCACACUGCCCAAGCCAGGCUGAAACUGGGCUGGAGUGGCACACAGGAAUGAGCCCACCAGACAGCUGGGAAGGGGAAACCUGA